AAGAGUUUAUAUUCACUCUAUCGGAAGCAAAAUUGAAUGAAAUAAAAUGAUUUUUUCUGUUUGGUAUAUGUCCUUGUCUGUGUUCAUUCACGUGCUCGAAUGUAUGCACGUAUAUUGAAAUUAGCUGUCUAAUCUGAUGGAUACUUUCAGUAGGAGCGUCACUAAUGUGGCACAUUUCGAUUACAUAUCAGAUGUAGUAUAAUUUAUUUGGAGCUAGAAGUUCAGCUGAACUCAUGUGUUUGUAGUGGACGCUCUGGCAAACGACAGUGUCAGUUGAUAUGCUAGUAAGCAUAAGGACUUUUAGCAGAAUUUUCAAGGAGUAUGAAGCGUUUUCAUGCUUGUGUCACGGAUGAAUGCUGCUUCGUGAUUCUUUCAGUAAAUUGAAUAUAAUCUCUUUUUUCUAGUGUGUGUGGAUACUACUGCUGUAGUGUAGUUCAUCUAGAUUUUUGUUGAGUAUCUAUAUGUGGAUAUCAGUUUGAUGAGACGAAUUUAUGACAAAAAUCCUCACACAGACAGGCAUACCAUCAUGCACAAUAAGCUUGAUACUAGUACCAGCAUCCACACAUACGCUUUUCCAAAUGUUGGAUAAUAGCUUUGUUGAGAGCUGCAAAGAAGUAUAAAAUAGCGAACGAGCCGAAUAUUUAGUCGAGAAUAAAGCGAGUCACACUGACGCACGUUACAUGUUUCUUGCUCUUAUCAUUUGAGGAGAUAAUUCAAAAACAAUCACAACAAGAAAUAUGUCAUAUUUUUCAUAGAGUUAUGGUUGAAGAUUGCAGAAAGUUUGAUAUUUUGCAUUAAUGUUUACCUUGAGAUUGUUCAAUUAAUGAUUUUGCCAUGAAAAAGAUAAACUAUGCAAAGUAAUUCUUGUAAUCUUAUUUACUAAUUAAAGAUUGAACUGAUUAAAAACUAACUAAAGAAAGACAUACUCCCAAAAGUAAUUCUAAGAAAGAGAUUAUGAAUUAUAUCAGAAAACUAGUUUGAUCAUUACAUGAUUUUUAUACAUGAAUUAGUUGUAUAAUCCUAGAAGAAAACCCACACUUAUCACAGUCUCCGAACAUCCCACAUGUCUUUCAUCGUAAACAUAGACACACAAAAUAUUGUAAAACAAAAUAAUCCUUGUUGAUAAAGUUGAAAAUUCGAUUAAAAAGCAUUUCUCGUCUUGUAACAAAAUCCGAUUUCGAUGAAGCGAAAAUUUCUCUCUCUUAUUUUAAUAAUUUUUCUUGUCUCUAUUUUAGAUUAUCCAUUACGUUCUCCAUCCAGUACCAACAUUCAUCUGAAUGCUCGAUGGCAACAAAAUGGUAUCACUGUGGCUGGAGGAAAUCGACAAGGCAAUGGAAUCAAUCAACUCUCAGGCGCACACGGUUUGUAUGUUGAUGAUGAUCAAACAAUCUAUGUUGCUGAAUGGUCGAAUCAUCGUAUUAUGGAAUGGACACGAGGUGCAACAAGUGGCCAAGUGGUUGCCGGUGGAAAUGGACAAGGAAGUGGAGAUCAUCAAUUUGAUGACCCACAUGAUGUGAUUAUCGACAACGAGAGAGAUAGUCUCAUCAUAUGCGAUACUUCGAAUGAAAGAGUGGUUCGAUGGCCUCGUCGAAAUGGGACAAGUGGAGACACAAUCAUCUCCAAUAUCGCUUGUGUGGGUUUGACAAUGGACGAGAAUGGAUCUCUGUAUGUCACUGAUGUUGAAAGCGAUGGAGUGAGACGAUAUCGAAAAGAAGAAUCUCAAGGAACAGUGGUUGCAGGUGGCAAUGGAAGUGGAAAUCGUCUCGAUCAACUCUCUUACCCACGAUACGUAUUCGUCGAUCGAGAUCAUUCAGUGUACGUAUCUGAUUGGAACAAUCAUCGUGUGAUGAAAUGGAUGGAAGGUGCAAAACAAGGCAUUGUCGUGGCUGGUGGUCAAGGACAAGGAAAUGGUCUUACACAAUUGUCAUCUCCUCAAGGAGUCGUUGUCGAUCAAUUGGGCACUGUCUAUGUGGCUGAUUGGGGGAAUGAUCGAAUCAUGCGUUGGCCUAAAGGAGCCACACAAGGAAGUGUCAUUGUUGGUGGAAACGGUAGUGGAGAACAAUCGAACCAACUCAAUGAGCCCAUCGGUUUGUCAUUCGAUCGACACGGUAAUCUCUAUGUCGUCGAGUAUGGAAAUCAUCGAGUUCAAAAAUUCGAACUACAAUCCAAUCCAAAGUGA